AUGCAGUCCUGGCCUGGGUCGGGCCAGAGCGGCGCAGGCGGACAAACCUCAUGGCAAGGAGCUUUCCCCUAUGGCCAGGAUGACCACUUCGACUCUAAUCAAGUCUGGCCACAGUCUGUGGCGGAUCAUGCUGGCUCAUUUUCGCACAUGAGCAAUACCCAAGAUGCGCAUACACAAAACUUCUUCAAUUCCCCGUCACACCAAGAUGACGCCUUUCUGGGCGGGAGUCUGCACCCCUCCCAACCCGGCAACCCCAGCUUCCAUGAUCUUGGUUUGGAUCAGCAAUUCAGUCAAGCUGGGCAGGACGUGAUGGAUCCUGCGUUUAGUAACCUGCACCCUGAUCUCUAUGGUCAACAUGCCAAGGGCAACCUGAAUUUGAACCAGGUACAGACUCAUCCACAUGGCCACGGUCAAGGCUUUCCACGGCAUGAGUUUCAGUUCCCGGCCCAGAAUGAGCAGGCCUUCAACCCCUCGGUUUCUCAGUAUAAUGCGAAUCAGCUCAUCUCUCGAGCCCCGAGCCAGCACAAUCAUUCACCCAUACAGCACUUUGAUACUCUGCGCGGCGGAUUCCAACAGGAUCAGCCUUUUCCACACCAGCCUCAGCAGCCUUCUGCCGCUCUACAUCAACAGUCGUUCUCGCACGCACCUAAUUUCGUCCACAAUGCGGUCAAGGGCCAACGGAAUCACUUCGCCCAAGAUUCGAACCCUCACAUUACCUAUCAUCAGCAGCAGCCGCGUCCGCAGGGUCAUAACCAACAGGCACUCGACCCGGCAAGCUUUGCACCGCAGAAGUUGCCUACCUAUUCUCAACCAGGACAGGGCUCACCGGCAGGCCAUCAUGCUCAUUUGUCUGGCAUUGAUAACUCCACAGGACAGCCAAACACUUCACCUGCAGCCGGGUCAUUGCUAGCAGAUAACACUCCGUCUGAGCUAAAUUCUGGUCAUGUACACCCGUCCCCAGUGUCGACUUCCGAUUCUUUCCAACCCAAAAAGAGGAAGCGAGUGAGCAAGGCCUCCACUGAAAGCCCUCUUCCUACUGUGGAAGUUCCGCCGGCGACGGCAGACUUUCCCGUUGACUCCUCCAGUAAACGGGCUGAAGAUCUUGACUCGCUGCCUGUUCCCGAGCCCUCUGCUGAAGAAGCCAAGUUGAUUUCUGAUUUCGGAAAACGCAACAAAACGGCACAGGUCAGAUACCCCACAAUCAAAGGACUCCCGUAUAUGGUCUACGAAGGAAGCGUCAAGCUUCCUGCACCCAAAAGCUACGAUAAAUUGGCACCAUUGGUCGCCUUGCCGCCUAAAAGUGGUAGGCCGAUUGUGCCGCAGCUGGGCUACCCGCUGCCCUGUGAAGUCCAGGGUCGAUUCAGCAGUAAAUACCGACCAUCGCUCGACAAGAGUGGUCUAGAUGAGAGACGGGCGGAAGCUAAAACCCUGUUGGACGAAUACGAUCGAUCAAUGCAGGCGCUUGGCAAACGACAGCCGAAAUACACCGAGUAUCCUCAUGCAUUCAAGGAGCAGCUGAAGUCAGAUGAGGCUUCCAAGAACAAAGCGGAAAAGAAGGCCAAGAAAGAGCUCGAAGACGAACGAAAUAAACCAGUCCGACAGGCAUCUCGUCCGAAUGAUCCAGUCGAAGCGGUCGUUUGGGAUAUUGUAGGGAUCAUUCAUAUCGAUCAGGCUACCCCACGAACAUCUUCCCUCAUUGCUGGACGCGUUCAACAAGCUGGCGAAUUUUUCGUCAAGCUGCGAGCUGAGAUCAAUCGCAGCAAGCUUGAUUUGGAAGAGGCGAUCAAAAACAAAGAGCCAGAGACUGUUACCGAAAAGAAGAGAGUGGAGGCGGAGCAAAAGAAGGAGGCGUUGUAUCGGGCACUGGAUGCCACAGUCGAACACGCGGACGAUGCGGUGUUGGACAACCUUGGCGGACACCAAAAAUUAGUCCUCAGUCUCGUCAACACCUUGAUAUCGUCGAUCAAAGCCUCGGAUUUCUCCGGAAAGCUACCCAAAAUUGUCUUGGAGCUGUUUACGCAUUUCCGGAUAACGAAGAAGAUCGUCGACACGACCAAUUUUGAUUCUGUACGGAAGCGGCUUGAAGACAAGGGCGACGACGAAGUCAAGGAACUUGUUCGUGAGAUCUCAGCCAAAAUCAAAAAGUUUCAAAGAGCCAACGAACCCACUACGGCAACUGGGUACACGGGAACAUCUGCAGCUAGCCGAGCGAAGGCUGGAGGUAAAUUAGCAUCAGAUGGCACGUCAACAAAGCGCGGACGAGAUGAGGAAUUGGACACUCGCACCGUUAAAAAAAUAGCCGUUGAAGCAGGAGCUGGAUCGUUGAGCAAGAAGCUGGCUCAGCCAAAGGGUUCGCAGUCUACUGGUAAAAUCACGGCAUCAAAACAGGCAACCUCGGUGCUUCCUGGAAAACCUCGACCUAUUGCGAAGACCGUGGCUAGGCCCGAACUCCUUGGCGCGGAUAGUCCCAAUACGUCUUCUGAUGACAAGAAUAAGUCUGAUGCGGGAAAGCUGGCAGCAAAGGCUGACAGCAAACCCGGUCCCGCGUCGAAGACUGAGAAUAAAGGGCUUCAACCGAAAUCUGUGUCGAGUUCUGCUAGCGCUUUGUCUGGAAUUGCAUCCUUAUUAGAUUCCAUCAACGCCAAGAAGCCGGAGGUCGCUCCCGCUACCUCCAAGGACUCCAAGGGUCCAGACGACUCGGAGACGCCAGAACAAAGGGCUAAGCGUAUCCGAAAGGAAGGACGGAGGAAACUACGCGUGAGCUGGAAGCCUGAGGGAGAGCUUGUUCAAGUCCAGGUCUUCCAUAAAGAUGACGAGGAAGAUGAAGGACGUGAUGUGAACAUGCUUCGCGACGCCGGAGAUGACCGAUCCGAGGGCAUGGUACUGAAGCAGCGUGCUGAUGUUGAUGACGAGGAUGAUGACGAUGAUAUACCCUAUCAACCAUGGGUUGGCCCUACGGCCACUGACUUCACCCAAUUGCCACCCGACGUCAGAUGCAAGAACUAUGUCACGCGCGGUGGCAACGUCGCGUUCGAGACGAGUGAACAGAAGGAAAUCACAGCGCGAGGCCAGAGAGAGCUCAUGGCGAUAUACACGAACGUGGACGAUAUUCCCCCGAGUCCCAAAUCACCUCCGCAGGAAUCGUCCAGUCCAGCUCACUCAAAGGCUUGCUAUCUUCCGACUGAAGGGGCAAAGUUUGAGGAACUGCAACUUCGUUGGCGAGACGAGCAGAACAUGGGGCUGGACCAAGCUCUGGGCGCAGCGCUUCGCAGAAUCGAUGCUAAAAACCACCCAUCGAACAAGCUGGACGACAUUCUCGGCCGACUUAAGGGUGCGCCGGAUAAGUCAAGCUCCCACCAAGCAACUUCGCAUCCACGGGCCCUCCCGGGCUCGUCCACAACGCAGCAUAACUUUCCUUUUGCGGUGGGAUCCAGCAGCGAAGCACAAGUACUUGCUUGCCUUUGUCAAGAGAAAAUCACCGCUUGGCGCGAUCCGAACCCUGUUCAUGUUGAUCCCAGCCGUCCUCAUCAGUAUGGCGACGCGAACUUGCAGAUGAUUGGCAACCACAUCGAGUCAGUGGCUAGAAGCUUGGCUGGCAAGCCAUAUCCAGCCACCGCGCCGCCCGAGUGGCUUACACACGACGAGGAGAGGAUUCGCGAAUGGUGGUUAGGGUACAACAAGGAAGCCGCCGCUAGGCAGAGAAAACUGGACGAGGAGCGUGCUCGAUCCGAGGCCGAGGCCAACGCAAUGAGGGUUGUCACUGGUGCUUCUGGCCAACCCCCCGACCAAGACUGGAAUGCUCAUUACCAGCAGCAGUCCUAUGCACCAUAUCUAGCUCUCCUGCAACAGAUGACGGGUGGUCAGGCCGCUGGCCAAACGCAAGGAAGCUCAUCGCAAGGCCAGCAGAGCUCGAUCCCUGACAGUCAGCUCCAGUCGAUUUUGGCCGCCAUCAACCAACCCCAACAGCAACAGGCUCAGUCGUCCAAUGCCAACCCUCUGGCCAAUCUCAGCCCCAGCGACCCUUCAUAUCAGCAACUAGUAAUGUUGACACAGUUAGCACAGGGGCAUCAGCAAGGUCAGCCUCCUCCGCCCCCUCCGCCCCCGCCGCCGUCCAACGAGCGAGACUGGGAUCGUGGUGAGAAAGAAGGGAAGGAAAGCCGCAAGAAGAAGGCAACGUUGCCACCGCACAAGCCCGCCAACAAGGCUCUCAUCGGAACGAAGGCCUGCACGUUCUGGCAGCAAGGCAAAUGCGCACGCGGGGAGAAGUGUACUUUUAGACAUGACUGA